AAACAAAUGGUAAUGCGAUUUAAUUAUUUGAUCCCAGACUGUAUCCGAAAUCGUAUCGAUGCAAUGGAAUCCAGAAUGAUGAAGUGUUCGGACAACAUUUGAAAAGACCAUUGAUGGGUUUACCUAUUGUUGGUGAUUCUAUAUUUUUUUUUAAAUUCUAUAUAAAAAGAUUGCAAACUCGUCACCCAACCAUCCUUCUUUCUCGUCUGGGCUGGGGACCAGCGAUGGCGGAGAUUCAGAUGUUGGUGACUAUCUGUACUGUAMUGCGCGUAGCCUGUGUACAUCCGUUCCCACCCCUCCCCCCUACGGGUAAAACGCCUCCCCGCAUUUUCCCCGUAGGGCCAGGGGGGGGCACAGGCUGUACUGCGCGAAGUGUGUACAGGCUUUGCGGGAAAAUAAUUGAUUGAUUUGAAGMCCACUUCUUGAAGAACGUGUUUUGAAUUUGUGACGCCUUCUCCUAGUCUAUCCCUGCUUGCAUGCAAUGGCGUUUCCUUGAUCGCUGAUCUGACAUGCAAAUGGAAGUGUGGUGGUCUCUUCUAGUGCGAAAUUCUCUCCGUCUUCUCGAAGUUCGCUUUCUGCCGUCACGGAAUACUACUUUCGUGACAACACGUUGAUACGUUACACCGUUGGUCACGCCUGAUUGUAUAAUGGAAUUCAGAAAAUGAACACUGUACUUCCGCAUUCGGUAUAUCUUCUGAACGCCUGACAACGUUUGCUGSUUUCUAACCAAGUUCAUCAAAAAGCGCYUCUCGUUUCUGAMCCCUUUUUCAACUUCUUGAGAAUUGCAAACUGCCAUUAUCGUUUUUUAUGAUACAUGAUUUCUGAUUCAUUUUGAAUUAUUAUGUAAUUAACUAUCUACCUAUGUGACGGUGGUGACCCGUGACAAAAACAAUCACAGCUCAUCUAYACCAAGACUAGCAGACGUCUAAAAAAUAUCAAGAAGAAAAAUACCAGAAGUUGGAUGACGAUUGACAGUGUUUUAACGCGAUAUGGUAUCUUACAGAGAUCUGUGUUUGUCCYUUACUUUCUUUGCUUCUUUUGGCUAUAUCCACUUCUCGAAUGCACAAGAUMAGUUUUUYUUCAAUGARACGUCAUUGAUGCAAGUYACUUCAGCAGUGAUUCCACUUAGCAAAGGAUUUGAUUUUCAAUUCAGRACAUGUCAUGGAGGUGUUCURCUAUACCAAGCAGGGRCUGGUARUGAUUAUAUAUUAAUGCAUGUAAACCCUGGAACAGUAAACUACACYAUWUCCACUAGUCCUCCAYAUUUUGUUGCAAGUCAUUUGAUAUUCAAAUGGAAAGUUGGUGGWCAAGAAGGCUUAGUUCGUGCUGGUAAUGAAUUAGACAAGAGUCAUUGGUACAUAGUAAAGUUUGACCCUGGAAGCUCAAGUAAUAAUGCAACAUUAACGUUGACUGGAACAAAAAAUGAGCAAGUUGUAGUUGAUAAAAACAUUUUAAACUUUCAACACAGUGGACCUUUGUAUGCUGGUGGGAUUUUUAGUAGCAAUGGAAGCUCUGUCAAGGGUUUUGUUGGAUGCAUAGAAAGUGGCAACAAUAUCAAGUUAGCAGAUGGAUUAAGCAAACUAAAUGUACAAGCUGGUUGUCCACUGRACUCACAGCAAUGCCCYAAAAAAGUAUGUCAACCAGGUUUUACUGGAUAUUACUGUGAAACAAACAUCAAUGAAUGUGGUUUAGGGUCUUGCUAUUCAUACAGUACUUGUGUUGAUGGUGUUAAUAAUUUUACCUGUGUAUGUGGSCCACGAUACACUGGACGUUUGUGCAAGACCUUUCUUGGUUCUUAUUGCAAUGAUAAACCAUGUCAAAAUAGUGGAUUUUGUAAAGAUACCGAUGAAAGUAAGAACAACUAUACUUGUACGUGUCCAGAUCCUUGGACUGGACGGAAUUGCACUGAUGUCGUCAAUCCCUGUGACCCAUCGCCUUGUCUCAAUGGUGCAACGUGCUACAGGAAAGGUCAGCAGAGUGCAGAGUACAACUGCUCAUGCCCUCCAGGUUUUACUGGUAUGAAAUGUGAAAACAACAUUGAUGACUGUAGAACRAUACCAUGUGUSAAUGGCAGAUGUAUCGAUGGUAUWAAUAACYACWCAUGURAYUGUACUGGRUMUGGUUAUAAAGGACCAACUUGUUCUCAAGAUAUCAAUGAAUGUAAUUUAACAUCRCCUUGUCUUAAUGGAGGGACAUGUUACAAUUAUCCUGGUACAUACAGCUGUAAGUGUGCUCCAGGCUACAGUGGUGUMCGUGAUUGYGCUGUCMAWAUUGACGACUGUCAAUCAAAGCCCUGUSAAAAUGGAGUUUCUUUUUUUCCAGGAACAUGUCAUGAUCUGKUGAAUGAUUUCAACUGUACUUGUGUUGUUGGGUUUACUGGWAAACARUGUAAGASCAACAUYRAUGACUGUGUCAGCCAUAACUGCACACAAAACCAGGACUGURUUGAUGGAAUCAACAGUUUUACAUGUCAAUGUAAAGCAGGAUAUACUGGUGCGAACUGUAUGAUAGACAUCAAAGAAUGCCUCACCAACCCAUGUCAGAACAACGGCAYAUGUCAUGAGGGAAUUAAUGGCUAUAACUGUUCGUGUCCAGCAAGGUUUAAUGGCUCACAUUGUGAGUUUGACAAAGUGGAUGACUGUUUAUCCAACCCUUGUGUUAACAAUGGGACGUGUAUGGAUGGUGUGGCUAACUUUAACUGCUCUUGUCCUCAACGGUUUGCAGGAAAACGGUGUGAACUGGACAUAUGUGACCCUAACCCAUGUGAAAAUGGCGGCAACUGCACUAAAAUAAGCCAGUUUAGCUUCAACUGCACAUGUGCAACAGGCUUUACAGGACACAAUUGUUCCAAAAAUAUCGAAGAUUGCGAGAAUAACACGUGCGUUAAGAAUGCUACAUGCAUUGACGGCAUUAAUAAUUAUACCUGUCGAUGCCCUGAUGGUUAUACUGGAGAAUUCUGUAAUAUUGAUAUCAAUGAAUGUGCUUCCAAUCCAUGCAAGAACAAUGGCACGUGUGUCCAUGGGAUUGGUCAUUAUAACUGUACAUGUUUAAGUGGUUUUAAUGGUACCCAGUGUGAGAAUAACAUCAAUGACUGUCCAUCCCAUGGUUGUUAUAAUGGUACUUGUAUUGAUGGUAUUAACGAUUACAAGUGUCAGUGCUACAGUGGAUUUAACGGGACACAUUGUGAAAACGAGAUCAACGAGUGUCUUGAUAGUUCAUCGUGUUUGAACGGAGCAACGUGUAUCAAUACAGUUGGUUCUUACAAAUGUCUGUGUAAUCAGUAUACUAACGGAACACGAUGCGAACAUGACAUCGAUGAAUGUAAACUAAGUUCAUCGUGUUUGAACGGAGCAACGUGUAUCAAUACAGUUGGUUCUUACAAAUGUCUUUGUAAUCAGUAUACUAACGGAACACGAUGCGAACAUGACAUCGAUGAAUGUAAACUAAAUGCCAGUCUAUGUCAGAAUGAUGGGCAUUGCCGAAACUAUGUAUACCCACACAAAUACGCGCCGACUGGGGAAAUCAUUGGGUUUCUGUGCUUGUGUGCCCCAGGAUUUCAAGAGAAAUAUUGUGAAGACAAUAUCGACGACUGUGGACUUAAUAGCCAACCCUGCAAGAACGGCGCACAGUGUGUCGACCAGAUUAAUGACUAUUCCUGUAAAUGUACCACGGGAUGGCAGGCAAAGAAUUGUGAUCAAGACAUCAACGAGUGUUCGUUAGGAUACUGUAAGAACAAUGCUUCGUGUCAUAACAGUCAAGGCUACUAUAACUGCACAUGUACAACAGGCUUUACAGGACACAAUUGUUCCCACAAUAUCGAUGAUUGCGAGAAAAACACGUGCGUUAAGAAUGCUACAUGCAUUGACGGCAUUAAUAAUUAUACUUGUCGAUGUCCUGAUGGUUAUACUGGAGAAUUCUGUCAUAUUGAUAUCAAUGAAUGUGCUUCCAAUCCCUGUCAGAACAAUGCUACAUGUUACGAUGGCAUCAAUGAGUUCAACUGUUGGUGUAGCAGUAACUAUACUGGUAAUCUAUGCCAGUACCCGGUCUCUCGCUGUCGACCAGAUAAUCCAUGUAUGAAUAACGGGACGUGUAUUGACCAAGGGUUACAUAACUAUACGUGUAAUUGCUUGCCUGACUAUGGAGGAGAAAACUGUCAGAAUAUGACAACAAUAAGCUUGAAUGGUUCAUCGUUCAUGUCGUUUGAUGUCGGUAAGAGUUUGUUUAGCCUUUCACUGCAGUUCAGGACAACUUUAAAGUACGGUGUACUAGCAGCCAAUGGAGAUAACAGCAUGUUACUGCAGRUGAAAGGAGAUGAGUUAGAACUCAUGUACAACAAUGCGAGCCAUACCCUUGGUCAAGAUGCUAAUCUACGUAAUGCACAAUGGCACCAUGUAAUCAUUAACGUGACAACCAGCGCUAUUUACGUCACCAUUGACAACGAUUCAUGUGUCAACUGUAUGUUAACUGUUCAGCGGUCAUCACAACCCAAGAUAACCAAGCUGUAUAUGGGCGGGAAAGACAGUUGUGACAAGAGAUUUAUUGGUUGUAUACAAGCUGUGGAAAUCGAUGGUGUUACUGUCAUACCAACUGAUGCUAGUGUCCAAGUGGUUAACAUUGUUACUGGGUGUCCACGUGACGAGGUGUGUCAGCCUAACCCUUGUGUCAAUGGUUUAUGUGUGGAUGAGUGGGACAGUCACCAGUGUGAGUGCACACGACCGUGGACUGGGAACAUCUGCAACAAAAGUAAGACUUUUGAUAUAUAUCUGUGCAAUGAAUGUGCAGCUGGCGCUUGUUUGCCAUAUGGUAAUUGUACAAACACUAGAGGCUCCUACAACUGUAGUUGUAAAACGGGAUAUUAUGGAAGAAAUUGUCAAUACAACGCUACACAGUGGUGCUCAGUAGGAAAUCCAUGUGGUAGUCAUGGUAACUGUAGCGGAAACACUACAGGGUUCUACUGUGCUUGCCACCCAGGAUGGGAGGGGCAGACAUGUGCUGAGGACAUCCAGGAAUGCAAAAGCAAUCCGUGCAAAAACAAUGGUACAUGUCAAGAUAGUCAGCCAGGGGGAAGGUUCUUCCCGGGUUAUAACUGCUCCUGUACAGUGGAUUAUGAAGGCAUAAACUGUCACAUCUACGUGAAUCCAUGUAGCGAUACACCUUGUGAAAAUAACGCAACGUGCUCUAGAGUCACUUACAAUAAGUAUAAGUGCAAUUGUACUGAAGGGUUUGGAAAUAUGAAUUGCAGUGGAUUGACCAAGUUUUGUGCGUCAAAGCCAUGUGAAAAUGGCGGUACUUGCGUUCCUUUGAAAGACGAUUUUAAGUGUGUCUGCCAGGCUGGUUAUAAAGGCAAAAUAUGUACCGAACUGAAGAACAAAUGCGACUCGAAUCCACUCGAAUCUUGUAAAUGUACAACUGGAUGGCAGGGAAAGAACUGUGAUCAAGACAUCAACGAGUGCUUGUUGCGAUACUGUAAAAACGGUGCUACAUGUCACAACAGUCCAGGCUCCUAUAACUGUACAUGUCAUGCAGGAUUCUUUGGCACUAAUUGUUCUUUAUUUACUGACAAGUCUUGUCAUAAUGGAGGCACACUCAAGAAUUUUGGUGACCACUUCAAAUGCACAUGCUUGCCAGGUUUUUCAGGUUCACUUUGCGAGACGGUAAUCACUGGACCUUCUGAACGUGAUGAUACAUCAAGUAUCAUAAUCACAUUCGUUGUAGUCGUCACUUUGCUGGUAUUGGUAAUCUUUGGCAUGGGAGCUUUUAUAUACCGUCAACGUAUGAAACAGGGAAACCGAACCAAUAACAACGAACAGGAUGACAGGGUUUCACCUCCACCGCCAUCUGAAAGACCGGAACGUCUUUCAAUGGGCAAUCUACCAAUGGAGCCUUCAAAUACGAUUCACAGACAGACAGACGACGCAUAUUUUGAUGUCAUCCCUAAUCCACUAGUGUAUUUGAGAGGUGACCAGGUUGAGCAUGACAGCAAUGACACAACCGCUGAACACGAAGUUCUAUCUCCAACCACCGACAAUAGUCAACUGUUUGAAGACGAAGAAACCACAGUAGUGUUAGACAGCUGUGAACCUCCUCCCUAUCAACAAGUAAUUUCUACUCAAAGAAGCUCAGACAAGAGCAGGGAUUAUCAAAGGCUGGAACCCUUAACCAGAGAAAAAUCAAAUGAACGCAAACCAACCAACUAUCAGUCUUUGAGCUCACCUUCAUUUCAUAUCUAUGAAGAAUUACAGCCUCGUGGCAACACAAACACAACAGACGAUUUUCAGUURGUCAUCAACGCAGAAGACAAUAGAGACAAUAGACCUUAUCAGCCCAGCUAUUUUAGAAUUUAUAUAGAGGAAGAAGUGUGAAUUAACGCUUAUAUAUACUUAUAGGUGACACAACAGAAGCAUGCAUAGAAUUUUGGAUCCUUAUAUAUUCUUGGGGUUCAUUUUCAUAGAGAUUCAAUUAGGCCUAAGGACUAAAAAUAAAUACAAUCGGCGAACGCAAAUGUGUGCAAAUGACUCCAAAAAACUAUGGGUUUUGCCGAAGAGUCGCGAAGAUCCUAAUAAGUUCGAAAACACUGCGCAAAUAUCAAAUAUAAAAAUCCUUUAUUUAAACGUUUCUUUAUUAAACAUAAGCUUGAUAAAAUAUUGUUUUACUAGUGUUUACUAGUAUCUCGUGUUACUUUUCUAUUUUAAUCACAGUUCAAACAAGACAUUGAUUUAAGAAAUUGCGCAUGGUUUUGAGUUAUAUAUCCUUUUCUUGACACACUCUUGACGUCAUAAAAUGUUCAAAACUCAAGUGGUUCCACGAGCGCAGUAACCAUUCGUCACGUGAAGGCGUUGUGUCUUUUACUGCAACAAUGAGUUGGACAUGGUGGUGGACAUGGAGGAGAACCCGAACAUGGURGAGAACAUCCUAUCGAGAUAACGAAGAAGCUGAAAAUAUCCUACAACCUUAAAACACUCCAAGAGGUCGACUGUGGUCCAACACCCCUUUGCAGUGCGCAUGCUCGUCAGAUCCUCUCGGCAUCGGUACAAACGAAAACGAACACCUCUCAAACUCAUCAUCUUUUGAUCGAAUGUAUUCCAUGAUUAGCGGCUGCAGACCAUGGUUUAUCUGGAUCGCUGGUAUGUCAAUGGAAUGGAUGCUGUAGUGAGCGUUGAAUACAACUAUAGAAGAACGUGUGACGUCCAGAGAUCUUUGGUACAAAGUACGUUCGUAUUCUGGUUCCAUAGUUCUCCCCCCAGUUCGUUGGCUGUGUGAACUCCGUGCUGUGGCAAAGACUARUCWAACACUACGAACAAUAGACGAACCUACACGUUGAUCUUCCCGCUGCAUAAACUUAAAAAUUCAACUUAAAAAUCAAAGAAACCAAUAUAUUCUAGUGAAUAUGACCUUUGACGUGUUACGAAUAUUUACAACAAUGAUAUUGCAGUCAAAAUAUUGGAAAAAUCCAAGUAAUACUUAUUAUAAUUAAGAAUAUUCUAGGUACUAUACCAUCGGCUCGACGUUAUAAGCAUUUAUAUGAUUAUCUGACUUAUUUGUCAUAUAAAUAAAGUAUUCUAUUCAGUC